UUUACAAUGUGUCGGAGGCGGUAAUUUUUUUUGUGGAACUAAAUAAAAUUGUUAAUUAACUACAUAAUUAAUCUUUUUUUAUUGAAUAAUCUAUUUUUGAUGAUUCACUCUGCUAAUCCGAACGGUUCUCACUGUCAGUCCAAGAUCCAGUUGGCAGCUUGCGUUUUCCUAACUCAUACAAGCUGUUUCCGGCUGAUACGACGUCGCUUUAACAUCGCCUGAAGUACUCAACGCCGGGGAAAUGGGCGGCGAAGAGAAGUGGUGCGUGGUGACCGGCGGCAGGGGAUUUGCGGCUCGGCAUCUGGUGGUGAUGCUCAUCAAAUACGGCAUGUUUUCGGUUCGCAUUGCGGAUUUGGGCCCCGCCAUCAAGCUCGACAAGGACGAGGAGAACGGGGUUCUCGGCGAAGCUCUGAAAUCCGGCCGUGCCGAAUACGUGUCUGCAGAUCUUCGCAACAAAGCGCAAGUGCUUAAGGCUUGCAUAGGAGUUGUGGUUGUAUUCCAUAUGGCUGCUCCUGAUUCAUCCAUUAAUAACCAUCGGCUGCAUUAUUCUGUCAAUGUACAAGGAACCCAGAACAUUGUUGAUGUAUGUUUUAAGCUGAAAAUUAAAAGGCUUAUAUAUACAAGUUCCCCAAGUGUUGUCUUUGAUGGAGUCAAUGGAAUAUCCAAUGGAAAUGAAUCAUUGCCCUAUCCUGCUAAGCACUAUGAUUCGUACUCUGCCACAAAAGCUGAAGGAGAAUCCUUAGUUAUCAAUUCAAAUGGUUCAAAUGGACUUCUAACCUGCUGCCUUCGACCUAGCAGCAUUUUUGGCCCUGGUGAUAGGUUGUUUGUUCCAUCAUUAGCUUCUGCAGCAAGGUCUGGGAAAUUAAAGUUCAUCAUUGGAAAUGGUAACAACAUGUAUGACUUUACCUAUGUUGAGAAUGUUGCACAUGCUCACAUUUGUGCCGAGCGAGCUUUGGCAUCUGAAGGGGCAGUAGCAGAUAAAGCAGCUGGACAGGCAUAUUUCAUUACCAACGGGGAACCAAUUAAAUUUUGGGAGUUUGUCUCUCUCAUUCUGGAAGGUCUUGACUAUGAAAGGCCAAGAACCAAAAUUCCUGCCUUCAUUGUGAUGCCAAUUGCGUAUAUGGUGGAGUUUAUAUAUAAAAUUUUUGCACCUUAUGGAAUGAAGGUACCGCAGUUCAUACCUUCAAGAGUACGACUUCUGUCUGUCAGCAGAACCUUUAAUGGUUCUAAAGCAAAUGAGCUUCUUGGCUACACCCCUAUUGUGCCACUACAGGAGGGAAUUAAAAGAACUAUUGAUUCAUACCAACAUUUGAGAGCUGGUGUUCAAAGGGAAAGAAAGGGGCCUUCUAAAGCUGAAUUACUUCUUGGCAAUGGAAAAGUUGCUGAAACACUACUUUGGAGGGACAUAAAGCAGACACUCACUGUACUGGCAAUCUUGGCUGCAAUUUACUUCAAUUUCAUUGCAACUGGAUUUACCUUCGUAACUUCACUUUCCAAGCUUCUAUUGGUGGGAUCAGUCUUCCUCUUCAUCCAGGGAAAACUACCCCAGAAAAUAUUAGGAUAUAAAAUAGAAAAGAUUCCCGAGUCAAAAUUUCAUGUCUCAGAAGCUGCUUCCCACCAUAUUGCUUUGUCUGUGGCGUCGAUAUGGAAUUCUGCUGUUCGUGAUUUAAAAUCACUUUGUAAAGGAAAUGACACUACAUUUUUCCUCAAGGUUGUUCUUUCACUAUUGCUUCUCAGUAUCAUUGGAGCAGUUUCACCACACAAUGUUUUUGCCAUAGGACUACCCCUCAUCUUUACUUCCUUUGCUGUGUAUGAUAAAAAGGAGAAAGCGAUCGACAAGCUAGCCCUGAAAGCUCUUUCAUUUGGAUGCAGAUUGAAGUCCUGCACUACUGCAAAGAUUUCUAACCGAAAGAAAAAGCAAUAACUGGUAAAAAUGGCAUAUGAGUUAGUUUAAUUCUCUACAUUGGUGCAGAACGCUCCACCAUAACCUCGACUGCUGAUACACGUUUCACUUUGUUGGGUCUCCGGGAAUGAGCUAGAGCAGCACCAUGCACUCGUCUCUAACUUUGGGGCUCGUUUUGGCAUGAAUUUGUGGGCCUUGAAUUCGCUCGUCUCGUCGUUUUAGGCGACGCUAUUCUGGUGUCCCGUUUACAUGUGACUCCAGUCCAAUCAACUGGAUAUAUUCUCUUAGGACGAAAAGAUGCUGUUUUUUUGCGCUGUUAUGAAAUAGUCUUAUUGUUUGGAUGGUAGUGGUGAUUGAGUUGUUUAACUUGCCUUCUGUUUUCUUUUUCCUGCACAGGCAAGAAUAUCCACUCACUGCCCUGUGCAAUCACCAUCCCUCUCAAACUGUUUUUUUCCCCAAUGGCGGAAUGGAGGGGGGUGGGGUGGGGUGGGGUAGUAGGGGGUAGACAUUAGUCAUGCAUAUCCACAUGCAAUGUAUGUAUAAUACUCUUCUUCAAUGGGCUCUUUUUUUUUCUUUU